UGACUAUUUUUUACCGUUUAUAAAUCGAUACAGAUGAAUGAAAAACUGUAUAAAUAUUUAUUUAAAAAUAUACAAAUUGUUAAUUAAAUGUUCGAUAGUAUCGACGUGCGAGUGCCAUGUUGCGUUCCGAAACGGCGGGGAAAGUGGCCGAAUGGCGAGCAUGGCGAGCAUGGCGUGCUGGUGUUGACAGCCAGACGUCAUUCGAAAGUGAACUCAGUUCCUUUGUUAAAUACUGACUGAUUAAUCUAAUAUAAUAAAGGUGGUUCAAAUCUCAUUGUUUAACAUGGAUAAUGACAGUGACUCGGACGUGGGUGAUAUCUUGAACGAUCUUUUGGCAAACGAGGAUACAACGGACGUUCCACCUCCUAAGGAAACUCUGAAAGAGUUGGAUUUCAAUUUCCUGGACAGUAUUCCCAAGAAGAACGAGCUCGGCGGUAAGAAAGAGAAGAGCGAGGUUCACGCUGAGACCGUCGACUCGUCAGACGACGAGGACAAACGUUGUUUCGAGGUACGAAAGUAUUCUGAUUAUGGGCGGGAUAUCAAGUUCUUGUUGAACAAAGAAAUCGAGAAGAAGAACGAGGAGAAAGCACACCGGGAAGCGAGUAGCAGAACGUUUGACUUCAGCGCAACGAAAAGUGUGGACACAGUAGGUGCAACUACACCUGUUGCAUCGAAAGAUGUUUACAGCGAUCCGUUCUUUGGACUGAGAAUAGUCAGCCCGGUUGUGUCUUCGGCAGAGCUGAAGGCACGAAUGUCUGAUAAAACAGCAGUAACGAUAUCAAAAGUAAAGUAUCAUCUGGCGAUGGACAAGACUGACAAGGACUGGGUGAUUGCUGGGGUAUUGAUAAGUAAAUCUCCGCCAAAGACUUCCCAGAAAGGAAGCUUGUAUUCUAUAUGGAAGAUAAGCGACCUGUCCGAGAACAUGAGCACCGUGUGCCUUUUCAUGUUCAGCAAAGCGUAUAAAACACUUUGGAAAACUACUAUUGGUACCGUUAUAGGCGUGCUUAAUCCAAACGUUCUGGAAUCUAAAGACAAUACCGAUUUAGCUACCCUGUCGAUCGACAAUCCUCAGAAGAUGAUGAUCCUUGGUAAAUCUAAAGACAUGGGGAAGUGUAGGUCUAAGAAAAAGAAUGGGGAAGCGUGUAGUAAUAUCGUAAACAUCAAUCGUUGUGAAUUCUGUUUGUAUCACGUUAAGCAAGAGUAUAAGAAGUGCUCGGCCAGGUCCGAGUUACAAUCGUUCAGUAACAGUCAAAAGUUCUCGAUGGACGUGUUGAAAAAGAAAUCACAACAAAAGAAACCGCUCGCGAGCAGCAUGAACAUGCCUGAAUUUCAUGCCGUUCUCGGGGUGAGGAGUAAAAAGUUAGAGGAGAAGGACGCGAAGUUGCUAGCGUUACUAUCGGGUAGUAAAGAGAGUCCAAAGAAUAUCACUGAUAUGUGUGAUAAGUCGGAAACGCCGGAGCAGAAAAUGAGGAAGAAUCUCGAACAAAUCUAUAAAUCGAGAGGUUGGAAAGUAGCUGCGUUGUCUAAAGAAUCGCAAGAUAAUCUACCACCCGUGUCGCAGAGGAGACAAAAUCUGACGCUUUCUUCGUCAUCUUCCAGUCCUCGAUUAGGAGGCGGUUGUUUCAGUGGCACGAUAGAUUUGUCGGAGCCUAUAACUAAGAAACAUAUUAACGUAGCUAAACAUAACGCGAUCAAGUGGGUGAAGGAGAAUGGAAAGAUCAAAUCGAAGGAUCCUAAUCAAGUGCGUUUAAGUAAAGAGAAACUGGAGAAGGCGAAGAAACGACCGAGAGAGGACGACGAAGAGAAGAAUGAUCAAGGAGCAAAGAAGCCGAACGUUCUGUCGGAUAAGUUUAAAGCUUUGAUGCAAGCUAAAUCUGCUCAUACCGAAUUGAUCGAGAAUCGUUACGAAGAGGAGGAGGAGAAGUACUUCAACAAGCUUGAAAUGAAAGAAAGGAUGGAACAGAAAAUGUUGUCCACUUAUAAAGUUCCUUGCAAAGCUGUUACGUGUACAAUUUGCAAAUACACAUCGUUCUCCGCCUCUGAUGUUUGUAAAGAGCAGCGGCAUCAGUUGCGCGUUAUCGACGCGGUCAAGAGAUUCUUUAAGUGUGCCGAUUGUGGAAAUAGAACUGUGAGUUUGAACAGAAUACCGUCGCAUAGUUGUAUAAAAUGCAGUGGUUCGAACUGGACAAGGGCCGCGAUGAUGGACGAGAGAAAAACGAACAUUCCCGUCGCCACGUUGUCUAUACGCGGCGACGAGGAAACGUUCGUAGGAUCGGUGACCAAGAAUGCCAAUCUCAAUCUCUUGGUACCAGAAAAAGAUAACAAGUAGUCGUAUUUAAUGAAUCAAAGUUUAUAAAACGUGUAUAAAAGAAUGACAUCUAUUUUCCGAGUCACUUAUUUACUCGACUUUUAUGAUGUAUUUUACAUGUUCUUAUUGUCCUCGAUAUCGAUUCUUUGAUGACGAUGUAUACAUGGACGUGAUUAAAAAUUUUUACAGGACUGUUAUCUCGAAAU